CAUUGAUCACGUGCUGCUGAUAAAGGGACACUGCUUUGAAUUAUACCGCUUAGCGACUUCAGUACAUGCCUCAUAGCUCCAGUCUCAAACUUAACCCCGUCCCUGCUGAAGAAGAGGCGGUCUGCUGGAUGGAGAAAGAAGCUCUCGUGAAAGAGAUGGAGGAAGAGGAGGCUGUUACAAUACAAAAACAAGUAGAGGUUGAGGCUGUUACCGUGAAAGAAGAGAAAGACGUCUCAGUUAAAGAAGAGGGAGACUCGUUCAGAGUUAAUAAAGAGGAGGACGACGACGUUUCAGUGAACGAAGAGGAGGGGGAGGUGACUGUCACAUCGGAAAAUGAAGAAGAGGAGGAAACUGAAUAUCUGGGCCCGGUUUCCCAAGCGCAUCUUAAGGCAUCCGAUGGUUCUAACGAUAAACGGGCCCUGAUUAACACUAGAGAGAGACCUGACUAUGGUGGAUCCUCUGGGGGGCCUCAACAACCUCAUGAUGCUGACGCGGCAGAGGAGAGUCUCUCCACUUCAAAACACUCCAAGAAACACCAGCAGAGACCCACAGGGAAGAAAUCUCAUUGCUGCUCUGACUGUGGGAAAGGUUGCAAAUCUUCAUCAGAACUUAAAAUACACCAGAGAAUUCACACAGGAGAGAAACCUUAUAGCUGUGGUCAAUGUGGGAGGAGUUUUGUUCAAUCUAGCCAUCUGACUGAACACCAGAGAACACACACAGGAGAGAAACCUUAUAGCUGUGAUCAAUGUGGGAGGAGUUUUGUUCAAUCUAGCCAUCUGACUGAACACCAGAGAACACACACAGGAGAGAAACCUUAUAGCUGUGGUCAAUGUGGGAGGAGUUUUGUUCAAUCUAGCCAUCUGACUGAACACCAGAGAACACACACAGGAGAGAAACCUUAUAGCUGUGAUCAAUGUGGGAGGAGUUUUGUUCAAUCUAGCCAUCUGACUUCACACCAGAGAACACACACAGGAGAGAAACCUUAUAGCUGUGGUCAAUGUGGGAUGACUUUUACUACAUCUAGCGGUCUGACAUUACACCAGAGAAAACACACAGGAGAGAAACCUUAUAGCUGUGAUCAAUGUGGGAGGAGUUUUGUUCAAUCUAGCCAUCUGACUGAACACCAGAGAAAACACACUGGAGAGAAACCUUAUAGUUGUGAUCAAUGUGGGAUGAGUUUUACUGGAUCAAGCAAUCUGAUUCGACACCAGAGAACACACACAGGAGAGAAGCCUUAUAUCUGUGAUCAAUGUGGUAAGAGAUACUCUGAUAAAAGACCUCUGAUCAAACAUCAGAAAAUGCAUACAUGAAGAAGUUGUUUCAAGAUAUCAAUGAAAUAAUGUCAGAAUGUAGAAUUUAAAAACAUUGUAGUAGGUGUAUUUUAAUGAUGUCACAAUGUAGAAUGUUUUAACAUUGUAGUAGGAGUAUUUUAAUGAUGUCACAAUGUAGAAUGUUUUAACAUUGUAGUAGGAGUAUUUUAAUGAUGUCACAAUGUAGAAUGUUUUAACAUUGUAGUAGGAGUAUUUUAGUGAUGUCACAAUGUAGAAUGUUUUAACAUUGUAGUAGGUGUAUUUUAAUGAUGUUCUACCUUAUCGCUUGCCCUGUUCAAUUGAUUGUAGCAUGAUAUGGAUAUUAGCCUCAGGGGAAAAUCCAGGCUCUGAAUUGAAAUAUUAUUUAACAAAAAGUGAGUAACAAAAAAAUAGCUGUGUUACCCUUACUGCGUUGGUGACCCUCUUGAAUCAAAAUGUAGCACUUCAAAAUGUAGCUAGCUGUUUUCUACUAGUUGAAAAAGCUGCUUGUUUAAAAAAAUACAUGUAAUAUAAUAAUUGUUGCAGAUGUUUGUAUUUUCACACAUGAAAGCAGUAUAAUAAAUUGGUCUAUAAUCAAUUGUAUUAACAA